AUGUCAUCCUCAAAACCCCCCUCAGCCAAACCCCUCCCCCAAAAGCCCUUCAAAGUCAUCCCCAACCACCCCCUCCGAACUGCUUCCGCCGCCCCCCUCCAAGCCCUCCCCCAACUCCCUCAGUCCAGACCCCGUGCUGACUCGGACACCCUCCCCCAAAACUCCCACCAGCUCAAGAACCUCAAGAUCACGCAGUACUGCCGCAUCCAAGUCCAUGAAGCUCGCGACGGAGCCCCAGGCCUGGUCCAGUACUGGAUCCGCGCGGAUUAUGUUCUCAGCGACCGCCUCAAGGAGUCGGAAGUUCCUGAAGGCCACUGGCCUAAACUCGUGGAGCUUGCCAAGGCUGUGUGCGGUGAUCGAAGUGUCAAUGAAGUCAGGAUGUUGACUGCGUUCUAUUCCCCGGAUGAUACGACCAAGGUGGAUAUGAAGGUAGAGUCGCUCCCCCUGGAGUUGCAAUGA